UUGUUUACUCGCUCUGUUACAGGAAGUUUGACAGAGGUAGGUCUGUCACACUUGGAGAAAGACCUUUAUAGAGUUUCCUCACACUACAACAGACAAAGGCGUUGCGGUUUCAGUUAUGUGCAGUUCUUUUGAGUAGUUCAAGGAAUUUAAGAAGCUCUGUUGUAUGUAAUGACUUCAGGGGACGGACGCGGAGGAGAAAAGCAAGAUCAUGCGGUCACGUCAGGUCCCGCGCUCUGAUCCCGCUACAUUUUAAAGUCAUCUAGAUAUUUUGUAGUGUAUUUACAAAAAAAGUGCUUAUUUUCAGCAGAAUGAGGUCUGCACGUAGCAGACAUCUAAUCUCGGCGAUUAGAAAUACAUUUAAGGGAAUAAGGACUGAUUAUUUAAGGUCCGACACGGAGUCCGUUCGGCUUUCGAGAGGUUCACGCAUCUUGGUCAGAGAGUUGAGCACCUCAGUUAAAACUCUACAGUAUGACAUGAAAAAAUCAGACAUAACCAAGUCUGGCAAUAGGAAGUUAUUCUUUGAUACUCAUGCAACGGUUCAGCUGCUUGAGAAAAACGGUUUCAUCACUCAGCAGGCCGAGGUCAUUGUCAAUAUGAUGGUAAAUAUCACAAAUUCAAACAUGGACAUUAUGUACGGUGACAUGGCUACCAAAACGCAGCAGGAAAUCAUGCUCCAGAAAGUGAUGUCUCAUAUUGCUGCUGUAAAAAAGGACAUGAUCAUUCUGGAGAAGAGUGAGUUCUCAGAAUUGCUAGCAGAGAAUGAGAAAAUCAAGAUUGAGCUAUCGCAGCUUAGAAUACAACUCACUGAUAUGAUAAACAAAAGGCGUGUAGAUGCCAUCUUGGAUUUAAAUGUGGAAAAAAGUCGUGUGAAGAAGUUGACAGCCGACUUUAACAGGACGCUUAUUGAGACCAGGAAUGAACUGAUGGAAAUGCAUUCUGAGCAGGAUCGUCACUUGACACAGACUAACAUGAAAAUCGACACAGAAGUGGCGGGCCUCAAGACUAUGCUGGAAUCACAUAAACUGGAUACGAUCAAAUAUCUGGCAGGUUCAGUGUUCACGUGUCUCACAGUCAUACUUGGGUUCUUUCGGAUAUGGAUGUAAACAUCAACAGACUUUGUUCUUCCUAAAAAAAAAACUUCACAUCAGCCUUCUUUUAUAAGGAGAACUGUGGUAUUCAUAAAGGUCCAUUCCUGCAAUAUUGUAUCAAGAUCUGUUAAGAAGAAUAAACCACUUUUACAUACAUAGUACCUACAAAAUGCUACAUCUUGCAUUAGCUUAUGAUGUUUAUACUCAUUAAAACCAAUGUCAACAGAUGAAUGAAUACCAAGAUAAUACAGUACACAAAUAUGCCAAAGAAGCUGCAAGAUAUGUUACAAAUCAACGGAAACACAUAGGCAGUUCUUAUUAAUUUUGCAUUUGUUUGUUUGCACCAGAUAAUGUCCCAUUUUUAGGUGUGAUGUAAUGAUGCCGUUUAAAUACACUACUUAUACAAAUAAUGUGACAAUGAAUAGUGCUGUUGUACUGAAUAUUGGCACAGCUACCUGUGACAAAGCUCUAACAAGCUGGUGUAUGAUGUACGUUGAAGUGCCUUGCGUUGUUUUGGUAAAAAUUUAAGGAAUAUAGUACAUGUAUUUGUCAAAUUGAUUUCAAUUCAUGUUGAAAACUUGAGAGAUGGGAACUAAACGCACAAGAUGUACAAAAAAAAGUGUACAAUAUUUUAAUUGUAAUAUGUUUCUGAUUCAUUGUAAGUCACAGUUAUUCUGGUUAAUAAAACAUCUUGAAUUAUU